UAACACCCAUCGAAGAAGAAGAAGAAGAAGAAGAAGCCAUAACACCAUAGGAGAAAAUUAGCAAUUUUUUUGUGUAGUAAAGAAAGACCCACAGCCCGAACUAAAUUGGCUCCCCAACUCUCAUUCGACUGAAAAUGUCUAAACUACAGUCGUUUCGUGUGUUUUUAAAUGAGCGCUUAACGGAGGCUGCUGUGGAGAUUUUCGGUGCAGUUGAGAAAGCGGUAGUGGAGUACCAGGAGGAGAAUGAUCGGCUACGGAGAAUGCUGCGAAUCACACCGGAGAUAAAACUAUGUGGAAUAGGCUCCCUGCAGCUCUCUCUUGCUGUCUCUGAAGAGGCGGUUCCCCCUGAGCAGCAGCACUGUGAGCAGGAGUGGAGCCACAGUCUGGGGCAGGAGGACCCAGGGCACACACAGAUUAAAGAGGAACAGGAGGAACUCUGGACCAGUCAGGAGGAAGAACAGCUUCAAGGGCUGGAGCCUGAUAUCAUAGAGUUCAAAUUUACUCCUUCCUGUGUGAAAAGUGAAUGUGAUCAGGAGGUCUCACUUCAGUCGUUAACUCUUCCCCUAACCCAGACUAUGGAGAACAGAGAGCGUGACUCUACACCAGUGGAUCUCAAACCUUGUGGCACUGUUACCAACCUAAAGGGUCUUGACAUUCCUUGUGACCGUCCAAGUGAUCAAAACAAUGCCUCCGGACACAGCUCAGCCGUAAGCAGCCACCCAGUAGGACUUUACAGCAGCCCACCAAUGGAUGCCAACGAACCAUUGGGGGAACGCCGUUCUAAACCCAGCACCACAUCUAUACAUAUUCACUGCUGCCAUGACUGUGGUGAAACAUUUGCUCUGAAAGCUGACCUGCAGAGGCAUUUGACUCACCCCAAGAAGAGACCCAAUGAAUGCCGCUUAUGCAAAAAACACUACAACUCCACCUGUGAACUGAAGACCCAUGUUCGACUCUGUCAGGGUGGGAAACCCUGCCUUGUUUGUGGCGAGACCUUCAGAUACAAAGGAGAUCUGUCCAGGCACAUGAAGACUCACAAAGGAGAGAAACCAUUCAGCUGUAGUGACUGUGGGAAAAGUUUCAAUCGCAAAGAGUACCUAACCGAACAUAUACGGACUCACACAGGAGAGAAACCAUUUAGCUGUGGCGUCUGUGGGAAAACCUUCAGUCAAAGGGGAGCCCUAGGGAGGCAUAUACGGACUCACACAGGAGAGAAACCGUUUAGCUGUGGCGACUGUGGGAAAAGAUUCCGGCAGAAGGGUGACCUAGGGAAGCAUAUGUUGACGCACACAGGAGAGAAAAUAUUUAGCUGUGGUGACUGUGGGAAAUGUUUCAGUCGCAAUCAUACUACCUGAUCAGUUACGGACUCAUACAGGAGAGCAGUCGUCACAGCUAAACGGUUUAAGGGUGGAGGCAUAUAUUGACUCACACAGGUGAUAAGCACACGAUUGCUCAGUUUGUGGGUGAACAUUCAUUCGUAAGGCUCAUCUGCUGAAACACGUGAAUCACGUCCACGAAGAAAGAAAUCAGGACAAAAGCGGAAAGAAAGAAAAUUAGGACAUAACGUCUUCUGUCAGAUGGGAGUAAAAGUUCAAGUUUUUAAGUUUUUGUCAUGUGCACAGGAUAAGAAAAAAGAAAACCCGCACACUGCUCUUGCUAGUAUCAUUGCUCUUUAUUAAGCUUUUACGUAUCAGCUUCAAGGCCUUCGUUAGAGCUUUGAGGCCGAUACGUAAAGCUUAAUAAAGAGCGGUGAUACUAGCAAGAGCAGUGUGCGGGUUUCUUCUUUGAUCUUAUUCAACUGUUACCAUGCACCUGCAACAAAGAUGGCGCAGAUGUGCGAGUGCCUUUUUAAAAAUGUAAACGCACAGGAUCUACAUGGUGUACAAUAAAAUGCUUACUUGCAGGUUGACCUCCUUGACAAUGCAAUACAAUACAAGUAUAACAAUAAUACAGAUAAAGGCUCAAUUGAAUAACAAUAAAAUAAAUAUAAAUACAAGGAGGCCACUCAAACAAAUUUACAGUAGAAUAUGUACACGUGUGUUAGGGGAGGGGAAUGUGUAGAGCAAAGUGUUGAAUUGUGCAAUAGUUAAGCAAUAAUUAGUUGAUGUUUAGUAGUAGCAGCAGUCAUGGUGUACGUGCAUGUGUGCCAAGGUGUGGCGAGUCGGUGCAAAGGAGCUGUUGGUGGUCAGUGCCAGUUCAGGUGUUCAGCAGUCUGAUGGCUUUUGGGUAGAAACUGUCUCUGAGCCUGGCGGUCCGAGACACAACGCUCUGAUACCGUCUGCCCGACAUUAAGGGAGUGAACAGUCAGUGGCUAGGAUGUGUGGGGUCCUUGAUAAUAUUACGGGCCUUUCUCGGGCACUGCUUGGGGAAAACGCCCUGUAUGGGUGGGACCACGGUCCCAAUGAUGGACUGGGCCUUCUAGACCAGAGUGGUGGUGUUGACCGUUGUGAAAAAAAAGUACUACUUAAUCACCACACAAAACAUAUUUGUGCAGUAGUGACUAUGUAGGAAUUGUAGGACUUGUAGGAAUUGUGUAGUUUAUGCACUAUUCAAGAUACAAAAGUAGGGUUCAAUAGGAAAACACUAGUGUUUCCUGUAGUAAUCAGGUAGAGAUUUUACAACUUGCUGAUUUAGUAAAUAAGUAGUCAAAAUACUAUAGAUUCACUACAACAUCUGUUCAAUAGUCAGAGCUUCUAGUGCUUGUUUGUAUAGUGAAUAAGUAGUUACGAAACUUCAGCCAGACUACGCCGUCUUUUCAGUAGUGAUCAGGGCCCGGUUUCCCGAUUAGCGUUGGAACCUAGGCUUAACGACAGAUGUCACACCCGUUUCCCAAAACGCCAUGCAGUGUACUCGUUACGAAGUGAAACCUAACUGUCAUCACAGGAGCUUUCCCGUGCUGAAAAUGAUUCCAGAAUAUAGACUAAAGAGCGUUACAUGUGUUAUGUAUCCUAAGUGUUUUCUCGUGCUAUUUUGUAUACCAUUUUUGAUUUAUGUCAAAUCUGCAUUUCUUCAGUUUGUAACUGAACAAGAACGAGUGAAGCCAAAGUCAGUCGCUCGCUCGUUCCCCUCGGUCGCCGUUUUAGAAAAUAUCAAGGUGACCUAAAAGUAGGAUAUGAUAACAAGGGUUCUUGUAAUUGCUCAACAAACCAUUGUAGCCUAAUGGCAGGCAGUAAUUGGGCUUCAAGUAGGUCUACAGAUAUUCUAUAAUUAAACAUGAAGUAGCAAGUUAAGCGACGUUGUCAUAAGACCUAAUUGGUUAAGCUACAGUGAAAUGUGUGAGCUUUUAGAUAACAGGACACUGUCGGCCUAAUAGAUACGAAUGUUGGAGCGGCUCAGAUGUAACCCGAUGGCUUAAAACUAGGUAGUUCUAUUGAUGACAUCCCUUUUCAUGCAUGUCCAAACGGUCUUAGCUGUUAGCCGUUGUCAGAGGUGUAUUGUGUUUAGCCUAGCUGUUUGCUAGCCCCGUUGAAAUGUAGAAAUGCAGCCUCUGUUUUCGUUACGCUGGCUAGCUAAUAAGUAUGUGUUUUGUAUGCAAAUGUACAGUAAGCUCAUAAGUAUUCUUACACAUUCUACUUGCCUAUUUUGACCUGUUGCGAAGGAGGCCCUCGACAUAAGACUAGAGGCCAUUGUUGGUAGGAUUAACAUUGUUUAUCAUGUUUAAUUUUCUUAUUUGACCUCUGUGAGCAGAUCAUUGAUAAUGGUUUAUAAUUGGUUGUUUCGUGUGCAUCUCUUUUUUUUUUUUUUAGAGAAAAUAAAAUAUGUGGAAAGCUGAGGUUCUAAGUAGAAUGACACAAUGUACAGGAAAUUGUGUACGAUGCAAUAUGUAUGUCUAUUAUGAAAAACCUACUUAAUUUAAGCUAAGGGCCGCAGAAUGAGCAGUGAUGCUCCUUGGGUUGUACACUGUGGAUUUGGAAACUAGCGGUGCCCCUGAGUAGAAUGGGCCCCCCUUUUACUGCAACAAGAUGUACAGGAAAUAGUGUGCUACGGAGUAGUAUGUCCAACAUGAAAAACUUGCUGAACAUCGUACAAUGCGAAUGGGCUAAUUAACAAUAGGAUUUAAGUGUUUUCCAAAGUUGAUUAUUAUAAUAUUGUUAUUACUAUUUUUAAUAGUAGCAUUAAAUGUUUUAUAUUACCAUGAUAAUUAUCUACAAUAGAAAUCAUUACUUUUAAUGUUGUUAGUCCUAACAAGAAUGUCAAUGCUAUAUUAUUUGUGCUUUAAAUGGGAUUAAUUUAUCAUUAUUCAACCAUAUGAAAAAAAAAUCUUCCCUAAAUGUUAUACAUUUCGACCAUUUGUAUUUUUCACCAUUGCGGGACUUAUUUUGGAGGAAAAUCGCUGAGGUCUUAUUCUUGAUUGGUCUUGCUUAUUCUUGCUGGCGGAACGGAGGUGCUAUAGAGACUGCUGCGGACUACACCAGAGAGAACUGUGGAAUAAGUGUGUAAGUACACAUACUUAUCGCUAGCUAUAGUUCUACUCUAUUAAUAAACUGUUCAGGCUAACAGUGAUCACUAUUUCAUCCAUUUUACAACGUCACAAAAAUUGUCACACAAAUGUCACAAAAAAACGGUUUGAAAUGGAAUAUACGCUGGCUUGCUGAGAAAUCUCAACUCCACACAUACAAUGGAGAACGUGUGUGUCGUAAACAACACUAGUGGAAUCAACAGUUCAUCUUCAAAAUUAAAGUCCCCGAUUUGAAAUGGAUGAAAAUAGUGGAAUCAUGCCACAAUUGGACAAGGUUGGAAUGUUACAUAAAAUCAAUAAAAGACCAUUAGUUAAUUGACAAAAAAAUGUAAUCUGUUGAAAUCGCACUGUGGAUGCAUAGACUUCAGAAUUGCAUUGGGGGCAUACUUACAGUGCCUUCAGAAAGUAUUCACACCCCUUGACCUUUUCCAUAUUUUGUUGUGUUACAGCCUGAAUUUAAAAAUGUUGACCUACACACAAUACCCCAUAAUGUCAAAGUGGAAUUAUGUUUUUAGAAAUGUUUACAGAUUAAUAAAAUAUUCAGCUGAAAUGUCCUGAGUCAAUAAGUACUCAAUCCAUUUGUUAUGGCAAUUCACUGAUCGACUUAGGGAUCUUUCAGAUAAUUGGUCAGAAGUAAAAAUUAGCUUAACAAG